AUGAUCAAGGAGGACAUCCUCAAGGUGCAGACCUGCGUGCUGAAAGUGAACAUGCACUGUCCUGGAUGCGAGAAGCAGGUCAAGAAGAUCAUCCACAAGAUUGACGGUGUUUUUCAAAGCAGUGUAGACAAGGACCAGGGGAAGGUGACGGUGUCCGGUCUGAUGGAUCCGUACACCGUGAUCAAGAAGCUGAACAAGGCCCACAAGCGCGCGCAGCUGUGGGGCCCCAAUCCUGGAGUGGCAAGCGAGGUCCAAAAGCUCCAGCUUGGCAAUGGCGGCAAGGGCCAGCCCAAGGGUGGAGAGGCUGCUGCAAGCGGCAGCGGCGGAGGCGGAGAUGGCGCGAAAGAUGAAGAGAUGGUGAUGCCGCCGCCGCCGCCGCCCCAGCAGCAUCCUCAGCAACUGCAAACGGAGAUGGAGAUGAAGGGGGUGAAGCUUCCUCCUCAGCUGAUGGGCAUGGGCGGCAAGAUGCCGAUGCCGGCGGCUGCACCGCCGGCGAAGGCCAAGGACCUCAAGGCCGUCAAGUUCGACGUUCCCGAGGGCGAAGAGCCCGCGGACGACGACAGCGACUCGGAUGAUGAGUUCGACGACGACAACGACUUCGAGGAUGACGGCCUCGACGACAAGAUGAUGAUGAUGCAGCCCAUGGCCAUGCCGCCAGCCGCCGGUGGGGGCGACAAGAAGGGCGGCAAUGGUGGCAGGGACAACAAGAUCCCGGUGCAGAUCAAGGGAAACGCCAACAUCGGCGACAAGAUUGCAGAACUCAUCCGAGCGAAGCAGAACCAGGGUGGCGCAGGCGGCAGCGGUAAGAAUGGUGGCGGUGCGCAGGCGCCGCAGAACGGCAAGGGCAGCGCCCCAGGCGGCCGGAACCAGCUGCCAGUGCAGGCCAAGAAGGGCGUCGCUGCCGGUGGCCCGCCCGCCGGCGUGGUCGGCGGCCCGAUGAUGGGCGGCAUGCCGCCGCCGCCGCCGCCUCAGCCGGGCAUGAUGAUGAGGCCGCCUAACAUGAUGGGCGGCGCAGGUUUCCCCGGCAUGGGCCAGACUGGCGGUAGGCCCAUGGGCGGCAUGCCGAUGGGCCACCCCCAAAAUGGUGGCGUUGGCAUGCAGCCGGCGGGAGGUGGCAGUGCCACCGUGCAUGGCAUGACGGCCGGCGGCACGAUGCCGGGGGCUGGUCUCUAUCCCGGCGGUGCUGGUGUCAGCGUUGGUGGCGGCAUGGCGCCUGCACCGGAGAUGAUGCAGGCAGCCUGGAACAACCCCGUGGCUCAGCAGCAGCCACAUAUGAUGAUGAAUGGCGACGGGAACCAUGUCCAUGGCGGCGCCGGCUACCCGCCGAUGGGGUACGGGUACGGGUACGGGUACGGCCGGCCGCCGAUGUACCACCCGCCGCCGCACCCGAAUGACAACAUGUUCAGCGACGAGAACCCCAACAGCUGCUCGGUGAUGUGA